GAUACAUUUUUGGUUAUCGAGAUUAUCAUCAAGAUGGAUUGGAAUUCAGUAAAUUUACCACAUUUGUAUAACACGGUCGAGCAAAGCCCUAAGGAUGGCGUCCAGAUAAACCCAUUAUAUGACGAAGCUUAUGCAGCACAGAACGGAAAUGACAGUUCGCCAUCUUUAGACACUGGAGCAUCAUACAAUGAAUCCCUAGUACCAUCAUCUGGAAACUACCAUUCAACUACACUGACUUCUUACCAUGGUCUCCAUCGCCCAGCGAGAUUAGAUUGGCAUCGGAUAGGUCAGCCUUUGGUCAAAGACUUUGCCAAUGAUACAUGGUUGAAAACACGCCGUGUGCUUGCCAACUACGAUUCCGAAGACGAGUUGCAGAAUGAAAACUCCAAAUUUACACAAGCAAUCUCAAUGACAACAACCCCGCCCAAAUCAGACGGCAUGGCUUACACAGUUUCGGAAUCAGAAUAUACAUCCCCAUCACAAACACCUAACAACACAGCCUUCAACCCUUUCAUGUCCCCCCCAAAACUAAGCCAAGGACAACACAUCUACAUGGUGCUCCACGACGCAGUGCCCGUCGCAGCAGAAUCCCUCGCAACAACCAGUGUUACCGGAGUAUAUACCACGCUCGAAGAGGCAAACGGAUUCGUAGAACGAGUUGCGGAGGAGACUUGUAGGGAUGUACCAGAAGAGAAUAUGAAAAUGGCGAUAGAAAAUGGAGCGUUUGGCUUUGAUAUUUUGGAUGUGGAAAGGCAUGUGUUGCAUAGAGUGUAUAUUGAGAAGCAGACGGUGAGGGGAGAGUGGAGCGAGAAGACCGAAAUCGAGGAGACGGGGGUGAUGAGGGAUCAGGUAGAGGAUAUGGGAAUUUUUGACGGAUUUGCGAAUUUGUCGUUAUGAGUGCUGCGGUAGGUGACGGUUUGGGCGAGAACCAUGCGCUACGACUCUACUGUCUGAUGCAUAGCAAGGGGCUCGGGAAUUCAUGGCCGAAGUUUAUGAGGACGAUGGCUUUAUAUUAGGUAUCAAUACGAAUGGAAAGGUUAUUUUCAAGACUUGACUAAUGGCAACUUAUAAGAGGGUCUUAACCUUUACUUAUCACCUGUGAAAUACUCCUUGGGCAUCUCACAUCAAUUUGGUAUCGAGAAAUGUAAAAAAAGACAUUUCAAGCAGAAGAGGAUUGGACGGUUAUGAAUAUCGAGAUACGCCUACAAAAAGAACAUA